UCCGGUCCAAGUCGUUGAUCAUAUAUUGCACAACAGUUCGCUAGAACAACGGCCGCAUUCUCAUAACCGAAUCAAUACGGGUUCACCAAGCACCCUCGAAGUCAAGUAAUGGAGGUUAUUCUCCCCUUCGAAGAAUUAUUUGUCUGUGCCGGCGACCCCGGAUCACCCGAGGUGCUCACCAUUUCCAACGAUGACCCGAACGCGGUAGACGUAGUUUGUCGUCUGCAUCCUACACGAAACAGUGACAAGCUCCCAGACCCAAGUGACAACACUCUCGCCGCACGCAUAGCACGCGCCGGCGACACUUACAUAUGGGAGACAACCGCGUCGGCAUUGGACUUACCCUCCAUCGCAUCGGCUGUCUUCGCUCUCUUCUCCCUGCACCGCUCGCAGGAGUUCAUCCCAAUCAUUCUGAAUGCGGCAUCUCACCCAAAAAUUAGAGAUAGUAUCCUGAAACUUGGACUCGGCAUCCCUACCCCGGGGCGGGAGGACGGAGUGACCCUCGUUCGCUCUUCCAUAUGGCAAAUCCCGGUACUCGGAUUCCUACCUGGCCCGAGCGGCUCGGAUUUCCCGCUCUUCCACGUCGUCUCGAAUGGGAGGCGUCACCCGCUGCGACCGCCAAAGCCUGAAGACGGAAGCAUUAUAUACAAACGAUACAUCCCGCAUCUCUCGAAAUGGUUCGAAUUGCGAGUCGUAGAUCCGAAAUCGGAAAAAGACAUUGCACUAUUCCAUGAAUGGCACAAUAAUCCUCGAGUAGCUGCUGCAUGGGGAGAGUCAGGGCCAAUCGAGCACCACAAGACAUAUCUGAACAAUGCCGAAGCAGACCCGCACCAAAUCCCCGCCUACGGAAUGCUAGACGGUAUUCCGUUCAUGUACUCCGAGCUUUACUGGGCAUACGAAGACAACAUAGGCCCGUUCGUCGGGCCUGGCCAAGCGAGUGAAUGGGACCGCGGAAUGCAUAUCCUCGUCGGCGACGAAAAAUAUCGUGGCCCGCAUAUAGUCCAAGCAUGGGUAUCGUCUCUCCUCCAUUACCUCUUCCUCGCAGAUUCGAGGACGCAGCGCAUAGUGAUGGAGCCUCGAGCCACGAACACGAAAGUGAUCGACUACCUGUGCAAGUUCGGCGGCUUCUGCGUCACGAAGCACUUCGACUUUCCGCACAAGCGCUCCGCCCUCCUCGAGCUCACUCGGGAGCGCUUCUUCCAGCUUGCACCGUUUUAUUACGAUGCCUAGUACGGAUAUUCCAUGUAUAUCCACUAGAGACAUUGCAUGGAAGCUGUUGUGCAUUUCGCC